UUUCUUCUUUGAAACUUAUGUUGCUUUUUUUUUUUAUGCAUAUUAGCUUUGCUCUCUUUCUACUAAUCUCAUGUUUUCCUAAAGUGGCUGCCAGUUGAGUUGGCUGGCUGUUUUGUGUGUGUAUGAACGUAUGUAUGUAGUGUUGUUGUACUAGUAGCUUUCCCUAGUUUUCGUGAUGGUUGGUAUACUUUGGUUGCUUUUUCUUGGCUGCUAGUUAAACAAAACUUGCUUUCUUGGUUGACAAAGAAAAAGAGCAUCUUUGUUUUUUGAAGUGGGAACUUCUCUUGUCAAGGUUUAUUGUGGCCAUAUACAAAAAGAAAGAUAUUGCUUUUUGGUUCUUGGGUCUGUUUAGAUUUUUGUUUUGCCUUUUCUUGCUUUUUUUAUGCAUAUUAGCUUUGCUCUCUUUCUAGUACUCUCAAGUCUUCCUAAAGUGGCUGCUAGUUGAGUUGGUUGCUUUAUGCAGAGUGAAUAGAAACUAGCUAAUAAUGUAUUGACAGUUUUUGUCUUCCUUUUUCUGCUUUUCACUGUUUGUUUUUCAUCUUUUUUGGCUGCCCAAAAGAUUAACUUUCCCCAAUUUUCUCUCUGUUUUGAUAAAAGAGGUUGAUGAAAACUUGGGUCCUUUCUCUUGCAUGAGUGCUGCAAACAAGUGACAUCUUUCUUGGUCAAGUUUGAUAAGUCAGUUUCUCAAAGAUUUGCUGUUCACUAGGAACAUAAAUUUUUUGCAGUCGUUGACCUCUCCCCCUCAAAAUUGCAAUUGGUGACCUGCAUUCUACAACAAUAACAACAUACUCGGUGUAAUUCUACUGGAUAGGGUCCGGAAAGGGUAGGGUGUUAGCAUACCUUACCCCUAUCAUAUGGGGUCAUGGAGUUCCUGGAUGAGAACAAAUCUUUAAUUCUGAAGAUUGUUGAGAGCCAGAACUCUGGGAAACUAAGUGAAUGUGCAGAGUCUCAAGCUAAACUUCAGAGAAAUCUUAUGUAUCUUGCAGCUAUUGCUGAUUCGCAGCCCCAGCCACCUAGUAUGCAUUCUCAGUUAGCUUCUGGUGGGAUGAUGCAGGCAGGGGCACAUUACCUACAACAGCAACAAGCCCAGCAACAAUCAUUUAUGGCUGCAGCAAGAUCCUCCUCAAUGCUGUAUGGACAACAGCAGCAGCAGCAGCAGCAGCCAUUAUCAGCAUUGCAACAACAACAAGCAGCCUAUCAGCUAGGAAUGAGCAGCUCCAGUGGAGGAAGCAGUGGACUUCACAUGUUGCAAAGCGAAAACACUCAUAGUGCAAGCACUUCGCUUGGUGGUUUCCACGACUUCGGUAGAGGAUUAGGGAGUGGAAACAAGCAGGAAAUGGGAAGUAACAUGUCUGAUCAAGGACGAGGAGGGAGCUCGAGUGGUCAUUGUGGUGAUGGAGGUGAGAGUCUUUACUUGAAAUCUUCUGAAGAUGGGAAUUAAGCUCUUAUGUUAAGGUAAAAUUAGAGAAAAAAAUUCUUAUCAGUGAAGGAUUUUGUGAACUUAGAAGAGCAGUAAAAAGACUUUGUUAUCUAAUGGGAACUUGUAAUCUGUUGUGGAAAAAACACAAGGCUCUUCUACUUUUGACCUUUUGGGCUAGUGUCUCAAAUGUUUGAAGCUUUCACCUUCUAAAUAUCAUGUAAAUUUGUUAGGUUA